UACAAUAUUACAAUAUCUUCAUAUCAUUGUUCAUCAUUGUUAAUGUGUAUAAAUACAUUUCAGUGUUUGUUACUUCAGAAAAAUCGUAUUAUUUUUUCGAAUCCCACCGAUCUUCAAAUAUCCAAAAGUACAUUAGCGGCUACCGAUAGAAAACUAGCUAAUGUAGCACAUACAUAAGAAUACCAGUAAUCAGAAAUAUUUCUCCAAAAACUAUAUUUAUUAUUAGGUAGUACCUAACUAAACAAUGGAAUCACCUGAAAAAGUAAAUGUUCAUGACUUACCCUGUGAAGAACCAAUACUAGGUGUUGAAUGUGAAAUAAAAAAAGAUGUCGACUUGGAUAUUAUUGAAGCGACGACAGUAGAACUGACAAUUAUACAUAACAAAGAUAAAUACACAGUUCCCAUAUCACAGUCAGCUACUAUUAGACAACUCAAAGAUAAGCUUGUUGAAAUUAUUGAUGUGCCUAGUGUAAUGCAGAAGAUCAUGAUAAAGGGAUUGGCAAAAGAUGAGCAGACCCUUGAAUCAUUAAAUGUCAACUCCUCCUCUAAGAUCAUGGUAGUGGGAGCUAAACUUCAAGAUAUUGCUGCUGUGUCUGCAGCUUCUACGGAGGAUUCGAGUUCAGCCAAAGCAAGUACGUCAACUAAAGAGCCUCUAUGUAAGAAAAAGUUACACUAUAAAAUACUAGAAAGAGGUAUACCAGAAGAUGCUAUGGUUGGCAUUUUAAAUAUUAAGGAUCCAUUACCUCCAUACCCCUUGAGUGGCAUGCUUAAUAAGCAUGGAGGAAAAGUAAGACUGACAUUCAAAUUGGAAUUAGAUCAGCUAUGGAUAGGUACCAAAGAACGAACACAAAAAAUUGCUAUGAACACUAUUAAACAAGUUGUUAGUGAGCCAAUUGAAGGGCAUGCCGAGUAUCAUAUAAUGGGGUUCCAGUUGGGUCCAACAGAAGCAUCUCGUUAUUGGGUGUACUGGGUUCCUGCUCAGUAUAUUGAUUCGAUAAAAGAGGUUAUAUUUGGCACAAAAUUUUGUUAAAAAUUCUAGUCGACUUCUCAUUUCAUUAUAAUUAAUAUCAUGAUUAUUAUUAUUAUUAUAAUUACAAUAAUUAAAAUUUAAUAUUUGUUAAAUAUUUUCUCGCAGCUUAAAUAAUUAUCUUUUUUUACUGUUCUAACAAAACAUUUUGCUACAAAUUUGAUUUGUAAAAAAAUGUUUUGUACUCAUCAUUGUACUUUACGAAGUCGAAAUACCAAACAUAUUGUAGUGUUUUCUUAAGGACAAUUUUUUUUGUAAAAUAAAAUUAAAGUUCCUUGAGAUA